UGCAACAGUAUCCGUGUGAGUGUUUUGUCCCAGUGGUAUAUCAGGGCAUCCUCCUCAUGAGAGCAGAGUGUGUGGCGGUUGCUGUUGCUGCAGCAAACACAGCAUUCACUGAGGGCGGCUGUUGUUGGAUGUACAGCUGUGAAAGGAAAGCCACUGUCUCACCUGGCUGCUUCCUGCUACAGGCCCUCUCCUGGCUUGUACCCACCAACACACACACCCUUAACUUCACCUCAGGGCGUUCGUUGUGACUCAUAACUCACCUCGGGGCCUGGAGAGAGCGCUUCCUGUUAUCAAACACACCCUCUGACCACCAUUGCAGCCUCACAUUCGUCUAACACACAACUUUACUACUCCACAGAUACACACAAACAGGUCCUCUCUCCACAAACACACACACGCCUUUUGCCUCAUCAGCAGCAUCAUGCUGAGCCAGGAGUUCUUGCAGAAGCUGAGGUUGCCAGAUCUGGAUGAUGUCGGUCAGUACAUGAAGAGUGUCUCUACCCCCAUGUUAGUUAGCAUGGGGGCGGUGGCUGUCGCAACAACCUAUUACCUGGCAACACGACCCAAGGCCCUCCCAUCAGUCUGUGACCUCCGCUUACAGUCAGUGGAGGUUCCGGGCGGAGAUUUGGCGCGCAGAUCGGUUCUUCAGAACGAAGGCGAUCACUUGACGCAUUUAUACAAUGACGCCAGGACAAUGUAUGAGUUCUUCCUCAGAGGGGCCCGAAUCUCCAAUAAUGGCCCCUGUCUGGGCUCCAGGAAACCAAAACAGCCCUAUGAAUGGAUGUCCUACAGAGAGGUUGUGGAGCGAACAGAGAAUCUGGGUUCAGCGUUUCUUCACAAAGGACACUCCAAGACCUCCGACCCCUACAUCGGCAUCUUCUCUCAGAACAGACCUGAGUGGACCAUAAGCGAGCUGGCAUGUUACACUUAUUCUCUGGUGUCCGUCCCUCUGUACGACACACUGGGAGCAGAAGCCAUCGCCUACAUCAUAGACAAAGCUUCCAUCUCCACUGUAGUAUGUGACACGGUAGAUAAGGUCAACCUGGUACUGGAGUGUGUGAAGGACAGGAAGCACUCUGUGAAAACCAUUGUUCUAAUGGAGACCCCCAGUGCUGAGCUGGUCAACGAGGGGCGACAGGCUGGAAUCCACAUCCUCAGCCUGCAGGAGAUGGAGGCUAUCGGGAAGGCCAACCAUCAACAACCAGCGCCUCCGCAGCCUGAGGACCUGGCAGUCAUCUGCUUCACCAGUGGAACAACAGGAAAUCCAAAGGGAGCUAUGUUGACACAUGGUAAUAUUGUGUCCAACUGCUCAGCCUUCAUCAAGAUGACAGAGCUUUGCUCUCCAUUAAGUUCCAGUGAUGUCCACAUUUCCUUCCUGCCCUUGGCUCAUAUGUUUGAGAGAGUAGUGCAGGGAGUGAUGUUAGUGCAUGGAGCCAGGAUUGGCUUUUUCCAGGGAGAUAUUCGCUGGCUGGCAGAUGACCUGAACACACUGAAACCUACUGUGUUCCCGGUGGUGCCCAGACUCCUGAACAGAAUGUAUGAUAAGAUCUUCGGGCAGGCCAACAGCUCGUGGAAGCGGUGGCUGCUGGGAUUUGCCUACAGGAGGAAGGAGGCAGAGAUGAUGAAAGGCAUCGUGAGGAGAGACACUAUCUGGGAUCGACUUAUCUUCAGGAAGGUCCAGGCCAGCCUCGGGGGCCGUGUUCGUCUCAUGAUAACAGGAGCUGCUCCCAUCUCUCCUGCUGUCCUCACUUUCCUCAGAGCUGCAAUAGGCUGUCAGUUCUAUGAAGGCUAUGGACAAACUGAGUGUACUGCUGGGUGUACGCUGACCAUGCCCGGGGACUGGAGUGCAGGUCACGUUGGAGCUCCUCUGCCCUGUAACUCAGUUAAACUGGUGGAUGUGCCUGAGAUGAACUACCUGGCUGUAAACGGAGAGGGCGAGGUGUGUGUGAAGGGUAGCAACGUGUUCCAGGGCUACCUGAAGGACCCAGAGAAGACAGCAGAGACUAUUGAUGCAGAUGGAUGGGUUCACACCGGAGACAUUGGAAAAUGGCUUCCGAAUGGGACGCUGAAGAUCGUGGACAGGAAGAAGCACAUCUUUAAGCUGGCGCAGGGGGAGUACAUUGCUCCUGAAAAGAUAGAGAAUAUCUACACGAGGAGUGAUGCAGUGGCACAGGUCUUUGUACACGGAGACAGCCUGCAGGCAUGUCUGGUAGCAGUGGUGGUCCCUGACCCUGACUUCCUGUCUGGCUGGGCCAAGAGGACCCUGGGACUGGAGGGCAGCUACAAGGAACUGUGUGGCAGAGCGGAAGUCAAAGCAGCCAUCUUGGAGGACAUGCUGCGGCUGGGCAAGGAAGGAGGCCUCAAGUCCUUUGAGCAGGUGAAGGCCAUCCACAUCCACACUGAACUGUUCUCAAUCGAGAACGGCCUGCUCACUCCAACAUUGAAGGCCAAGAGGAACGAAAUGCGCCAACACUUCAGAGCCCAGAUAGAUGAGCUGUAUACUGGGAUCCAAAUGUAGAAAAAGAGGGCAAGAGCAAAGUGCAAGAACAGACACAAAGGCUCUACCAAAGUGUGUUUUAGAUGAAGAGAAAAUGAAGAAACAGGGAGAGGAGUACAAGCUAAACCACAAACACUGGGAAGCAAAUGAAGGAGUCCUCUCGGACCAAAAGAAUCAUCAACCUGUUUGGUCCCCAUGAACAGUAACACUAGAACAGGAGGUGAUGUAGCUUUUAAUGGAGCUUGAUUCAGAGCAUUUAGAACAAAAUCAGUUGACCUGUAGGAUCUGUGGCACAGAAAAUAAGACCUGAGGGUCCAGAGUAGAUUUUAGGUUUAAAAUAAAUAGAAAUACUUUGGCAGAAGCUAUUUACAGCACAAAUUCUGUGAUAACGUGUUGAUUCUAAUCAUCUAUUUUGUUAUAUUAUCUUCAAUAAGGUUCGCCUCCGUAGCAUCAGAUAUCUCAGAAAUUCUCCGUCAUGUACUACAGUAGAACCUGCACACACAAAGUCACACACUUGUUAACUUUAAGGAUGAAGAGGGAAGACUUGGACCAUUGAAAUGGGUUCACUUAGGGCCAUACUGACAACUUUUAUAACCCAAAACAUUUCAGUGUCUUUGAUGAGAUUUUUGUUUUUGUCAGAUAUAAUUUUGUUUUACUGUGAUUGUUGAGUUUGUUCAGUUGAAGUUGUUUUUUUGUUUUUGUUGGGUCCUUAGAGCUUUUUUUAUGAAUGAGCUUGGGUCCAAUUAGGAACCUAGGAACCAGCAGAGUGAGCCAUAUUCAAGAUUACCCAAACAAAGCUAGCUGUACACGGGGAAUUCAGGUACUAAAGACCACUCAGGACAUAAGGAAACUGUGUCAGUGUUUUAAUUUAUUUAUGAUGGUAACAGGGACACAGGAGAUUUGAAAGAAUCAAUUCUCUUAAAUUAUUAUUUUAUAUUAGGGUGAAAAGACACAUUUACAGAAUAACACUGUUUGCAACCGUAAUGAAAUCCUGUUUAAUGUUUAUGGUUUUAAUUUCAUGGAAGUACUUUUGACUGUGGUCUUGCUAUAACUGUUUUACUGUCAUCUCAGAUUUGUUUUGUAAAAGUUUAAUUAAAAAAUUGUGUGAUCUCG